AUGGAAGACGAGCAGUUCUCUGCGUGGUAUCAUGACGGCGAGGCGCCGGUUACCAGAACCGAACUCCGGGACAUCUUCGACGAUCUGGCGCGCAAGUUUGGGUUCCAGCAAUCGUCGAAGGAAAACAUGCAGCAGCAUAUGCUAGCGCAGCUUGACUCGCGGGCGCGGCGCUCCAGUGCAAGGACCGCGCUAACAUCUCUUCACGCGUCGUACAUCGGAGGCGACGAAGCGAAUUUCAAAAAGUGGUAUUUUGCCGCGCAGCUCGAUCUGGAUGAGGAGAUCGGGUUCCAAAACUUAAAGCUGCACGGAAAAGCGCGCAAGCGCAAUCUCAAGCACGCUAAGGAGCGCGGGGUGUCCAUCGAAGAGCAAAUCCGCUUGUGGAAGGAGCAGGAAGAGGAGUUCGCGAAUAGCCACCCGAAGCUACCCUUCACGCAGACCCAGCCCAAAAUCAACGAGAGUUUUGCAACUGCAGACUACAAGUGGAAGCUGCGGAUGCGCGACCUGGAGCCUGGCCAGAUGGCCCGGCAGCUUGCGCUGUAUUUUUUGUGCUGGGGAGAGGCAAACCAGAUUCGGUUCACUCCUGAGUGUCUGUGUUUCAUUUUCAAGUGCGCCCUGGACCACGAUGUGAGUGAAGCGGACGUAUGCCAGGCUAGUAAGCCUGAGUUCUCCUACCUCGAUGACAUAAUAACGCCGCUUUACCGCUUCCUGCGCUCCCAAGUAUAUCACGUGGACGAAACCAAUGGCAAGAUGACUAGACUCGAAAAAGAUCAUAAGGACAUCAUCGGCUAUGAUGACGUGAACCAGCUUUUUUGGUACCCCGAGGGCAUCGAGAGGCUGGUUCUUGAAUCGGGGGAGCGCCUGAUUGACAAGCCGUCGCACGAGAGAUACUUGAGUCUAAAAGAUGUCCUGUGGUCCAAGGCUUUCUACAAAACCUACAAAGAAACCAGAACGUGGAUGCAUUGCGCAACAAACUUCAAUCGCAUAUGGAUAAUUCACCUUUCUACGUUCUGGUUCUUUACCUCAUUCAACGCGCCAACGCUGUACACUAAGGACUACGUUCAGCUCCUCAAUAACCCACCUACACGGCAGGCGAGGUUGUCUGCAGUUGCAUUGGGCGGUACCUUAACGUGUAUCAUCCAGAUAGUAGCCACGCUAUUUGAAUGGAGUUUUGUACCAAGGAAGUGGCCUGGUGGCCAGCAUCUGACCCGACGCAUGAUAGCGCUAUUGGUCUGCUUGGCAAUCAAUUUUGCGCCGUCUGUUUACGUUUUUGGGUUUUUCGAUUUGGAUGUUCACUCAACUUACGCAUACACAGCAUCGAUAAUUCAGCUCAUAAUUGCGAUUGUGACAACAUUUUUCUUCGCCAUAAGGCCCUUAGGGGGGCUGUUUGAAUCGUACCUGUUCAAAGGUCGCAAAAAAAGAAGAUACACAUCUUCUCAGACUUUCACGGCACAAUUUCCUAAGCUCAUGGGUAGAAGUCGGUGGUUUUCGUGGGGCCUGUGGUUUUUUGUUUUCCUCGGAAAGUUCAUAGAAUCAUAUUUCUUCUUGACCCUAUCUCUGCGAGAUCCCAUUCGAGUUCUUUCUAUCAUGGAUAUGAGUAGGUGCAAUGGAGACUCAUUACUGGGAUCGCAUCUCUGCCGCUUGCAGCCCAAGAUUACACUAAUAAUCAUGAUACUGACCGACCUCGUGUUAUUUUUUCUGGAUACUUACCUUUGGUACAUCAUAUGCAACUGCAUAUUCUCAAUAAUAUUGUCGUUUUCUCUCGGAACAUCGAUCUUGACGCCCUGGAAGAAUAUUUACUCCAGACUUCCAAAGCGGAUUCAUUCUAAAAUUCUAGCAACUUCAGAAAUGGAUGUCAAAUACAAGCCCAAAAUUCUUGUAUCUCAGAUUUGGAACGCGAUGAUAAUAUCGAUGUAUCGUGAGCACCUCCUUUCAAUUGAGCAUGUUCAAAGGCUUUUAUAUCAACAAGUGGAUUCUGCAAACAUGAAUAAAAGAACCUUGAAGUCUCCUACUUUCUUUGUUGCCCAAGACGAUUCAACUUUCAAGUCCAUGGACUUUUUUCCAGAAAACUCAGAGGCAGAAAGAAGAAUCUCCUUUUUUGCACAGUCUUUGUCAACACCCAUCUCUGAGCCUAUUCCAGUUGAGUGCAUGCCGACAUUCACCGUUCUCAUUCCUCAUUACUCUGAAAAGAUUCUGUUGAGCUUGAAAGAGAUUAUAAAAGAGGAAUCUACCAAGUCUCGGAUAACCCUAUUGGAGUAUUUGAAGUACCUCUACCCAACUGAGUGGGAGUGCUUUGUUCGUGAUACCAAAUUGAUAGCAGUGGAAAACUGCUCAAUUAAUAAUGAUCAAGGCGAGAGCGAAAGUGAGGUUCUGAAGGAAGGACUGUUAGGAGUCUCGAAAGAAUAUGACGACAGAUCAAAAUUUUUCCAAGCUAAGAUCGAAGAUUUGCCUUAUCAUUGCAUGGGUUUCACUAACUCAGACCCUGAGUAUACCCUGAGAACAAGAAUUUGGGCCUCUUUACGUUUUCAGACACUUUAUAGAACGGUCUCUGGUUUUAUGAACUAUUCGAAAGCUAUAAAACUUCUCUACAGGAUAGAGAACCCCACUAUUAUACAAAAAUAUGGUGCUGAUUUUGAAUUGCUCGAAGAGGAACUAGAUCGGCUCUCAAGAGAAAAAUUCAGGAUGGUAGUUGCAAUGCAACGGUUGAAGAAAUUUGAUAGACAUGAGAGAGAAGCCGCGGAAUUCUUACUUAAGGCUUACCCAGAUAUGUGCAUUUCGUACCUUGAAGAGGUUCCCCAGGAAAACGGCGAGGCAAUAUUUUAUUCUUGUUUAAUCGAUGGUCACUGCGAUUUCGAAGAUACAACCGGAGAAAGAAAACCUCAAUUCAAAAUACGUCUUUCUGGAAACCCUAUUCUCGGAGACGGUAAAUCCGACAAUCAAAAUCACUCUCUGAUAUUCUACCGCGGGGAGUACAUUCAGGUGAUAGACGCAAAUCAAGACAACUAUCUUGAAGAAUGUCUCAAGAUCAGAUCUAUUUUGGGUGAAUUCGAAGAACUUGAUUUAGACCAAAGCAUGCCAUAUAUUCCUGGCGUUGAUUCCGGAGGCGAUGCACCCAUCGCGAUUGUUGGCGCUCGGGAAUACAUUUUCUCUGAAAACAUAGGGGUCUUAGGGGAUAUAGCUGCUGGAAAAGAGCAAACCUUUGGAACUUUGUUUGCUAGGACUUUGGCAGAAAUCGGGGGAAAACUUCACUAUGGACAUCCAGACUUUUUGAAUGGUAUUUUCAUGACUACAAGGGGGGGAAUUUCAAAAGCUCAAAAGGGAUUGCAUUUAAAUGAAGACAUUUAUGCGGGAAUGACAGCAGUGUGUCGUGGAGGCAGGAUAAAACAUAGCGAUUACUAUCAAUGCGGAAAAGGAAGGGAUUUAGGGUUCGGAUCAAUUAUGAACUUCACCACCAAAAUAGGAGCAGGAAUGGGCGAACAGUUAUUAUCUCGAGAGUAUUAUUAUCUAGGAACUCAGCUACCCAUUGAUCGUUUCCUUUCCUUUUUUUAUGCGCAUGCGGGGUUUCACUUAAACAACCUUUUCAUAACAAUGUCGGUACAGAUUUUCUUUAUCCUACUCAUCAAUCUGGGAUCACUCAAUCAUGAAGUUAUUCGGUGCGAGUACAAUAAAGACCUUCCAAUAACAGAUCUGGAGAGGCCAAUUGGAUGUUACAACAUUUUGCCAGUUUUGCAUUGGGUGAACAUCUUUGUGCUGUCCAUUUUUAUUGUUUUCUUUAUCGCUUUUGCUCCUCUAUUGAUCCAAGAACUGUUAGAAAAGGGCGCUUGGAAGGCAUUUUCUAGACUAAUUCACCAUUUGUUUUCGCUCGCUCCACUUUUCGAGGUUUUUGUCUGCCAAAUUUACGCAAGGUCACUUCUCACAAAUGUAACAUUCGGUGGUGCCAAAUACAUAUCGACAGGGAGAGGAUUUGCCAUUACAAGACUCGACUUCCCUGAGCUGUACUCAAAAUUCGCUAAUACAUCAAUUUACGCGGGGUCAAAAAUAUUUUUGAUGCUCUUGUUUGCUACAGUUUCGAUGUGGCAGCCCGCACUAUUGUGGUUCUGGAUAACGGUGGUCUCCAUGUGUUUAGCGCCCUUUCUUUUCAAUCCACAUCAGUUUGCAUUCACUGACUUUUUUGUGGACUACAGAAAUUUCAUCCACUGGCUUUCUCGGGGAAAUUCAAAAUAUGAAAGGAAGUCAUGGAUUGAGCAUGUGAGAAGUUCCCGAGCAGUCUUCACAGGCUAUAAACGCAAAAUCGUUGGUGACAUAUCUGAAGAAAGCGCUUCUGAAACAAGAAGAGCACAAAUUUCAGACGUUUUUGCUGCCGAAGUCAUCAUUCCUUUGCUCACUGCCGGCCUCAGCUUCACUGCAUACACAUUCAUCAAUGCACAAACCGGCGUACCUUCAGCUACAGCCACAAGCGCGGUCAUACGACUUGGAAUUGUAACCUUUUUGCCAAUCUUUGUCAAUUUCAUUGUUUUGUUUGUAUGCUUUCAGCUGUCUUUUUUUGCAGCUCCACUGCUGUCUCUGUGCUGUAAAAAAGUUGGAGCCACCAUUGCUGCAAUUGUCCAUGGUUUUGCCGUUGUAAUAUAUCUCAUUACUUUUGAAGUUAUGUGGUGUCUCGAAGGCUGGAGCUUCACAAGGGCUCUCACGCUCCUCAUCGCCUGCAUCAGCAUUCAGAACUUUGUCUUCAAGGUCAUCACAAUAUUCUUUUUGACUCGCGAGUACAGAAACAAUAAAUCUCAGCUGGCCUGGUGGUCUGGAAAAUGGUUCACCACCGGGAUCGGUUGGAUUGCCGUCCUUCAACCUUCUAGGGAGCUGUUUGUCAAAACCAUAGAGUGCAGCUUGUUCGCCGGCGACUUCAUUUUAGGGCAUUUGAUUUUGUUUGUCCAGCUUCCUCUUGUGUUCACACCUUUUGUAAAUUAUUGGCAUUCAAUGAUGUUGUUUUGGAUGAAACCAAAAAGCUUAAUAUCCAACAAGCUUGCCUAUACAAAGAAACAGAAACUUCGAAGGAGGCGCAUUGUACAAAAAUAUCUUCCAAUCCACUGCCUUAUUCUAUUUUUGUUCAUAGGGCUCCUUGUGGCCCCAUUCUACACCGCGAAGAACCUUCCACUGGGUCCUGACACUUUUAAGAAUUCGUUCUUGGAUGGACUCAUUCAGCCAAAGAGCCAGGACAACAAUGACACUGGAACACGGGCUCCUUCUUACAUUCUUACUACGACUCCUCCGAUGCCAGUGUUUAGAACUGUUCGCUAG